UUGGGGCGGGGGGGGAUCCGCUUAGAAGGGGCGGCCGCUUCUUCCGGGGAGAUCCAGCGGAGGCCGAUCGGCGUAUUUGAAUGCCCGCAGCUUCUCUCGGGACCCGGGCGGAGGAUUUACCAAAGAAGAAAUCGUGUCUUUUACUAGCAGAGAAGUGGGAACAAACUGAGUUUUGAUCCGGCUGUUGUGCGCAAACUUCCUACUGUUGGGGAACGAAGAAACGGAAGAGGGAGGAGGGGUGAGGCGAGGCGGACAGGGAGGGAUUUGCUCUUGGUUGCCCCGGCUCCUCACGGUACGAUGCUGUCCAACUCUCAGAAUCAGAACCCACAAGUACUUUUCCCCAAUCCGCCACCGCCUCCCCCGCCGCCACUCCAGCCGCCGCAGCAGCAACAGCAACAAUUGGCCCAGCAACAGUUCCCCCAGUUCCACAUCAAAUCCGCCCUCCCGAUCAAGAAAAACGCCAUAACGGAUGAUUACAAGGUCACCACGCAAGUGCUAGGGCUGGGAAUUAAUGGGAAAGUUUUGGAAAUCUUUAACAAGAAAACUGGAGACAAAUUUGCUCUGAAGAUGCUGCAAGACUGUCCGAAAGCUCGCAGGGAGGUGGAGCUGCAUUGGAGGGCAUCUCAGUGUUCCCAUAUUGUGAAGAUUAUAGAUGUCUAUGAAAAUCUUUACCAGGGUCGAAAAUGUCUCCUGAUAGUCAUGGAAUGCUUGGAUGGUGGAGAACUCUUCAGUCGAAUUCAAGACAGAGGAGACCAGGCUUUCACAGAAAGAGAGGCUUCUGAAAUAAUGAAGAGCAUCGGUGAAGCUAUUCAAUAUUUACACUCCAUCAACAUUGCACACCGGGAUGUUAAGCCAGAAAACCUCUUAUACACCUCAAAAAGGCCCAACGCUGUAUUAAAACUCACCGACUUUGGCUUUGCCAAAGAAACUACCACACAUAACUCCCUAGCUACACCAUGCUACACGCCAUACUAUGUGGCUCCAGAAGUACUAGGCCCAGAGAAAUAUGACAAGUCCUGUGAUAUGUGGUCCCUUGGUGUCAUCAUGUAUAUUUUGCUGUGUGGAUAUCCCCCUUUCUAUUCCAACCAUGGUCUGGCUAUUUCUCCAGGCAUGAAGAAACGGAUCCGGAUGGGUCAAUAUGAAUUUCCCAAUCCAGAGUGGUCCGAAGUAUCCGAGGAAGUCAAACAGCUGAUCCGGAAUUUGUUGAAAACAGAUCCAACCCAGCGGAUGACUAUAACAGAGUUCAUGAAUCAUCCCUGGAUCAUGCAAUCAAUGCAGGUGCCACAGACACCACUGCACACUAGUAGAGUUUUGAAAGAAGAGAAGGAUCUUUGGGAGGAUGUUAAGGAGGAGAUGACAAGUGCCUUGGCCACCAUGAGAGUGGAUUAUGAACAAAUCAAGAUUAAGAAAAUUGAAGACUCAUCUAACCCAUUGCUUUUGAAGAGGCGGAAGAAAGCAAACCCUGCUGAACCUACAGCACUCCCCCACUGAGAGUUCAGCAGAACCAAGCCUAGUGGUUGUGAAAGCAAUAACUAUAUCUAUAUAUUUUUAAAACAAAUAAGAGAUAAGACUGUCAUAUCAAACACAUGGAUUUCAGACCUUUAUACCAGACUAGUUAUUUUUUAAGCUGCCUCUCAUGGUUCUGGGGUCAGGCACGAGUCAGCUGCUGUCUGUAUGAUACACACUUCUGUGUUUUUGUUUUUGUCCUGUAGGGAAAUGUUUCUGAUAAUUGGAUUUUUAUUAGUAAAAUCUCCCGUUUUUUUCCCUCAGAGACGCUGAAAUUCCUGUGAUCACCAUUUAAAGGUUAAUAAUAUAAAUAAAUAUACAUAAUCUAUAUUUUUAAAACUACUGUAGAGCUGAAAUCCUGACAGAGUCCUGUGCUAAGUACUCUUUCUGUUUUUUUUUAAAGAGUUAAAGGCUUUCAGUUUGCGUCAAAAAAGAAAAGGAAAAAGCCAGGGCUGUUGAAGUAUUCCAUCUGAAACAAAGGCAAUGUUGAUACUGUGGUCUUCAUUUAACAUCAGGAAGAGUUCCUUUGCUGAUGGAUCUUAAGCUCAGUUUUGGGCCUUGGAAAUUAUUGUCCCAAGUACAAGAUGCCUCCUUAAACUGAAAGCCUUCUGUUUCUAACUGUGCAUGCACAGAAUUACUUCCCCUUACUUGUGAGUUUGUGGAUUGUAUGUAAUAAUGUGAUAGGAUGGAUAUUGUAAGUAUAGACAGGCAGCCUCCCACUUUUAUAUUCUAUCUUGAAUUUUGAGGGGUAGUGUGUGGGGAAAGUCUGUGAUGCAUCCAGAAUUCAAUUAUGAUCUCAGGGUAUUUGGGGGUGGGAUGGAAAGUAGGAGUUUGUUGAGUGAAGAUGUUGAUGGCUGAUCUGUUUCAAUAAUUGAUGCAGCCUUCCUGGAGCACUAUGUCAGAAUAUAUCCUGUUGUCUAGUUUUUAUCACCACCUCAUGCAGUUUUAAAUCCUAAGACCUUGGUGCAGUUCUAAAGAUGUCAUGCUAUAAGGUUGCUGUCCCACAUCCGACAUGUUAACUAUUUUCUUGUGGCUGUUGCAUCAUUGUUCUGUGUUGCUGUUCACAACCAUCGUUACCAAGAAACUGCAACUUUUUGGAACACAUUUCAAAUGCUCAAAUCUGAGAUUUGCAUCCUUUUGGAAUAUAUCCUGGAGCUUGUGUGGAGCAGAAUUUGCCACCUGCACACUCUGAUGUGAAGAAAAAAACACAGUGAGAAACAGCAGUACCAUAAAAAUGAGGCUUUGUUGGGUGGAUUCCUUAGCAUCUUUGGGUGUUGAAUAGCCAUAUGGCUAGGGAAGGAUGAUGAUGGGAUUCUGUUUGGAAAACCAAAAAGUCUCAGCUGAAGUUUGAAAGAUAGAAUUGACAUGUGCUGUAGACUUCAGUUGGAUUCUAACUUUCCACUUGGGCACAUUUGCCUAAAGUCUAGCUCUCUUGAGUCUUACUCUAUCAGUACCUUAGGGAAGAAAAGGGGGGAAGUGUCCCUUCACAUCAACUUUUGCCUCAUUAUGCUGGUGGUCAAUCUGUUUUUCUGCCUCUUUCUAUAUAUCUUUAGUCCAUGAAUGAAUAUCUUUUGCCACAUUUGUUUCACUGGCAUAUUAAUGUUUUAAAAAACACUUUCUUUCCUUUUUUUAAAGAAGGGUUUAGCUUUUAGAUGGCAUUUUAGACACUGUAUGGAAUUUUAAUUUGUAAAAACAAGAGUUUUAAUUUUUGUUGUUGUUGGUGUCUCAUUGCUGAAACAAAUUCUUUGAUCUACUUUUCCCCCACUUUGGAUUAAAGACAUCCAGUACAUCAGA